AUGCUCAUUGCCGAAUGGAUAUACCGAGCGACAGGUCAAAAACGGGAACGCAAACAAGUCUCCAGCCACAUACAAGUGCUUGACAGGUUUCUUCAGGGCAUUCCAGAAUGGGACCGGCUGAUCAAGCCUGGUGAUGAGGAUGACACUGGUCCAUCGGAAGGUCACAAAUUUUAUCAUAACUCUAUUGAGCACAUGGUCAACGAACAAAAGGCAAGAAGCAAAGCCAGGCAGCACAGCGAUGCCGUGUGGGAUGAUGAGCUUGACGGCACUGCAGACUCGUUUGUCUCUGCAUCACCAACGGGCGGUCUGGCCACCACGCAACGGGUCGAACGCCUGAAUUUCGAAAUGUGGGUGAGCUCGCCCAUUGACCACGAGCGUGCCUUGCACUACUAUACUGGGCUCAAAUCCACGAAAUUGGCGCCAUUUCCACUUGAGGAACUGGUCGGGUGGCGACUGUCAUUUCCGCAUCUCAAGUCGCUCGUGGACCAUGGAAAGCGUCUCAGUAAUUGCGACCUUAUCCUCCUCAAUGCCAGCUUCCGGUUAAUGGAGGACUUCCCACCACGGCACUCCAAGCUGGGUAUCUGCCUUGAACUCAAGUAUCCGGAUCGACUCUGGACAGAUUCGCACCACGAAGCUGGUGUCAAAAAGUGGUCCUGCGUGACCUACAUGUACCGCGGAGGCGUGCUUAUUACUGAACCCACCUGUGAAGAGUGCCAGACUCCAGAUCACUGGAGAAUCCGACCGUUCUUCCAGUCGAAGUGGUGGGCAUCGACAUUUACCUCUCUCACAGAGGCAAGAAAAGUCGCCGAAGAUUCGAAGGACCCGGAAGCCAUUGACCUUGCCAACGAACAGUCUCGCAAUUUCUUUCGCGGCCUCUCAAUCAUGCAAGAGAUAUAUGUUGUUCGCUACUCCAACAGCAGCGACUUCGGCGAUAGCAUGAAACGGGAGUCACGCAGGAGGACAGCAAUCUUGCUCUGGCAGUUUUCGCAAGCGCCAGCAGACAGCGCUGGUACCACGACGUGGCAGAACUUGAUCGCUCCGCCGGAUCGUCUGGAAACGAAUAGCCCAUUCCCCGACGGUGUGGAGAUGAGCCUGCCGCCGCUCUCCAUGGACUCCAUUGUCGACUGUUCUCCCGGGGUCGGUUCAUUCGAGAGCAGUACCCGUCAGUUCCAGCCGCAGCACAGCAUGCCUUACAACCUGUAUCCGGGGUCGAUGGACGAAGAACUCUGCCAGGAUGGCUUCAUGGCCAUGAAGCACGAGCAACUCCACGGCUUUGGUCAUCUGCAGUUAUCCUUCGACGUGGCUUCGAAUCAUGAGUUCUCUGGCCUCGACCCGUCUAUCCAUGACACAUUCAAUCUGCAGUCGUGGUCACCACAAGUGGAUGAACAGGACGAGGCACUGCGCGAUGCUUUGCUUGCCGCAUCGGGCAUGGACCUGGGCGCGGGAGCGCAUCAACUGCAUCCACCACCCACGCCGCGCUCGCAACCGGAGUAUCACACUUCCGAGGUACCCCAGAGGCACGCUGACGCCGACAAUCGAGGCCUGUAG